AUGCCCUUACCAUACUCUCUUUCGUCAACCUCCCUUCCCUCCGCGAAAACCCUCUGCUACUCGUCCUCUCUCUGCUUUUUCCAUAGAAACCCUAGAGUUUUCUCUUCCUACACUGAUUCAAUACGCACCAGAGCUUGUUACGGUUUUGCCGGUGAUUCAGAUUCCAAUCAUUCCGAAGAAGUCUCUUCCGGCCGAAGAACCAAUUAUACCGGUGUUAGAUUGGACGAGACCGUAGAUGCCAAGUCCGGAAAGCUCAGGCUUGAUUCUUGGAUUUCCUCCCACAUCUCUGGCAUCAGUAGAGUUCGCGUGCAGACGAGUAUUCGGUCGGGAUUCGUCAGCGUCAAUGGCCGAAUUGUCGAUAAGAAUAGUAUUCCCUUGGGAGGUGCAAUGCCUCUCAGCCCAGUCAUAAUGGUUGGUCUCUCUCCUUUCCCAUGA